UUAACAACUAUAUACUCGUGUGUUCGUGAUAUUAAUCUGUAUUUUAUUUCACAUAAGCAAUGAGUUUGGGAUGAAAAUAGGAGUGAGAUUUGAAGAAGAGAUUUUCGUUGAUUUUCGGUUGUCAUUAAUCCGAAGAAGAAGAAAAAAAGACGAGGUUUAUAUUUGAUAUCGAUGGAUAUCGAAAAAGAAGACAUGGUUCCGGGUGGUGGUACGUCAAGGAUUUACAAUGCUGAACAGUUAGUCAUUGAAAUUCCUGAAACAGCUCAUAAGAUCAGCAAUGACUCGUGGUUUCAAGCGGGCUUUGUACUUACAACUGGUAUCAACAGUGCAUACGUGUUGGGAUAUUCGGGUGCAGUCAUGGUUCCUCUCGGCUGGGUAGGUGGUGUGGUAGGUCUACUCUUAGCUACACUCAUAUCACUAUAUGCAAAUGCCCUUAUUGCGAAGCUCCAUGAAUUUGGUGGGAAGAGACAUAUCAGAUACAGAGACCUUGCAGGCUUUGUGUACGGGUCUAGAUCUUAUUCUCUUACAUGGGUGUUGCAAUAUGUGAAUCUUUUCAUGAUUAACGUCGGUUAUAUCAUUUUGGCUGGUCAGGCUUUAAAGGCUAUUUAUAUAAUUUUCAGGGAGGACAACGCCAUGAAGCUCCCAUACUUUAUCGCAAUUGCAGGGUUCACUUGUGCUCUUUUUGCAAUUUGUAUCCCUCAUCUGUCAGCUCUAAGAAUUUGGCUGGGAUUUUCAACGUUCUUUAGCCUAGUAUAUAUUGUUACAGCAAUUGUUUUGUCUCUUCGUGAUGGAAUUAAGGCUCCACCAAGGGAUUAUAGCAUUCUGGGAAUGCCUACAAGCAAGACCUUUUCAAUCAUUGGUGCCUCUGCAAGUCUCGUGUUUGCUUUCAACACAGGAAUGCUCCCAGAGAUACAAGCUACAGUCAGACCUCCAGUUGUUACUAACAUGAUGAAAGCUCUAUACUUCCAGUUUUCUGUAGGGGUUUUGCCACUGUAUGCCAUUGUCUUCAUCGGCUACUGGGCUUACGGCAAUGGUGCAUCUUUGUAUCUACUCAACAGUGUUCAUGGUCCAGUUUGGGUGAAGACGUUCGCCAACAUAUCAGCUUUUUUCCAAUCUGUUAUCGCUCUGCAUAUAUUCGCAAGCCCGAUGUACGAGUAUUUGGACACUAAAUACGAAAUAAAAGGAAGUGCAUUGGCCCUUAAAAACUUGUCUUUCCGAAUAAUGGUGAGAGGGGGCUACAUUAUAAUGACCACUUUCGUAUCAGCUGCGUUGCCAUUCCUUGGAGACUUCAUGAGCCUAACAGGGGCAAUCAGUACUUUCCCACUUACGUUUAUUCUUGCGAAUCACAUGUAUCUAGUGGCCAAGAAGAAGAAGCUAUCAUAUUUACAGAAGUCAUGGCAUUGGCUCAAUGUUUGUUUCUUUAGUCUAAUGGCUGUUGCAGCAGCCAUUGCUGCCUUAAGGCUUAUUGCUGAACACUCCAAAACUUAUCACAUUUUUGCCGAUGUGUAACUUUCAAUUUCAAAUGUAGCUUUACUGGAUUCUUUUAACAUAUUUAGAUCAGACUGAUUUUAUUUUA